AUGAAAAAUCCAAAGUCUUUUUGUGUUUGGCGCAAGAUUCUGGAUAUCAGGGAGUCCAUUUGGCCACAUUUCUUUGUUCAGAUUGGUGAUGAAAGUAUUACUAAUGCUUGGGAGGAUAACUGGCUCCCUAUUGGCCCUCUUUCACAUAGGCUUUCUUACAGGAGUAUUCAUAGGAUUGGUUUCAAUGCAAACUCUUAUGUAAUGGGGGUUGUUAACAAUUUGGAUGGUUGUUGGCCACCUGAUUGGAAUAGUAGUGUUCCAAACCUUUCAACUUUCAAUAUUCCUCAAAUCCAGUCCGAUGCCUGUGAUAAAGUUUUAUGGUUGAAUUCUUCUAAUGAUUUGGUUUUGUUUGUGGUUCGAGAGAUUUGGGGCUCCUUGGAUGGUGUUCAUGCAACGGUUGAUUGGCAUAAACAUGUGUGGUUUAAGGGAUGCAUCCCUAAACAUUCUUUUUGCAUGUGGCUUGUUGUCAUCUUUGGAUUUCCAUUCAGGACCGUAUGA